AUGUCUCGUGCCAAGGAGCGGCUGAAAGGCGGGAAGGAAACCAAGGAUAGCGUUACUCUGCUACCUUGCUUUUAUUUUGUAGAGCUCCCUAUCUUGGCCUCCUCUGUUGUCAGUCUUUACUUUUUGGAGCUGACGGAUAUUUUCCAACCGGUGCAUUCUGGGUACAGUUGUAAUGACCGCAGUCUGUCUCUGCCCUACAUCCUGCCCAGACAAGAAGUCUGCCCACUGCCUCUGCUCUUCAGUUUGGCCUUCGCUGCUCCCACAGCCACUAUCCUGAUCGGAGAGGCCAUUCUGUACUGCUAUCUGUCCAGAAGGUCGUCAGCCACACAGACUGAGGCCAAUAUCAACGCUGCAGGCUGUAAUUUCAACUCCUACAUUCGCAGAGCUGUACGCUUCAUAGGAGUCCAUAUCUUCGGCCUGUGUGUGACAGCACUGAUAACUGACAUUCUCCAGCUUUCCACUGGUCAGCACACACCCUACUGGCUGGAUGUGUGCAAACCCAACUUGACCCACAUUAACAUGUCCACCUGUGACGAAGCCUUCAUUCUGGAGGAUAUCUGUUCUGGACAAGACAUUGGGCUCAUCAACGCUGGGAGGAAGUCGUUUCCUUCCCAGCAUGCAACUCUGGCUGCCUUUGCCGCUGUCUACAUCUCAAUGUACUUCAACACGGUACUGACAGACUCUGCCAAGCUGCUGAAGCCUCUCCUGGUCUUCUCCGCCGUCAUGCUGGCCAUCUUAGCUGGGUUAACCAGGAUCAUCCAGUUCAGAAACCACCCUGUCGAUGUCUACUGUGGAUGGUUACUGGGAUCUGCCAUUGCCGUUUAUCUGGGAGUGUACGCGGUGGGGAAUUUCCAGCCUAGUGAAGAUCGGUCUCGAAGUCAUCCGUCUCCCCCAAUGCUGAGAGAGCCCCCCCUCUCCUCCCUGCCCAAUGUCAGCCAAACAGCAGUCAGCAACAGCCACCAAGGCCACCACACCCUGGCUCCCAGCCAACCAGAGCCAAUUAUCACAAGGACCUCUUCCCACAUGUUGUUGCCUGACCAAACAGGGCCCAUCCUUACGCGUAGUUCCUCCUAUCGAGAGCCAUCUCUGAGCAAUAUGAAGAGAGCAAGUGCUGAGGUGGAGGUGAUAAAUCCAUCCAGUCCUUUAGGCAACCGUGACAACAUGAUGACUUUCAGCAGCAGCACGCUACCAAGGUCCCAUGGAAGCUCCUCACUGGAGGAGGGUCGCAUUCCUCGGCGUCACGCCUCCAUUCAUGCCUCAAUGGACUCAACUCGAUCCAAGCAGCUCCUCAGCCAGUGGAAGAAUAAGAAUGAUAACAGGAAGCUGUCCCUACAAGUAAUGGAUGGAAUAAGACCAGCCUCCUCCUCAUCUCCUCAGAGGAACAUGGAGCUGCGCUGCUCCUCUGAACCAUCUGCCAUGGGCCUGGAGGCAGAGCUCCGUGGUGGAACCCACCUGCCCUCCAUUAUGGGCCAGGAAGCGGAGCUGCGUGCUGGGGCCCACAUUCCCGCUCAAUACAUGAAGCUAGCUGCUAGCUCUGUUCCUAUGACCAAUCAUAAUCACAUGGCCCAUAAUGGCAGCACUGGAUUGGCAGGUGGGGCCAGAGUGUCAAUCCAAUCCCGACCUGGAUCCUCCCAGCUGGUUCAUAUUCCUGAGGAGGAGAAUCCCAACAGCAGGGAUCAGGAGAGUGAAUCAGAGGACAGCAUGAUGGAUGGUGGGGGGUCAGUGAGGGAAAAGUGGCUGAGAGUGGCUGAGAAGACCACCCUCCCCUGCAGGCCACUAAGUGCUGGAGGACAGCCUCGUCUAAUGCAGGUUAUAGCUUUAUCCAAACAGCAAGGUCUGCUUCACUCUCCUCGUUCAGAAGAUGGUGGAUCCAUCAGGUACCGAGCGCUGAUGGACCAGGACCCUUCACCACCCGCCUCCACCACCGGAGCAGUGGGAGGAGGAGGUUUGGAAAGAAGUGGCAGUAUAGUCCGUGUUGACGCCCACCCAGAGUCCAGAUCAAACAGACCCGUGGUAAAACCUCCUAGCACUGAUGGAAGCGGCUCCUGGCGAUGGAGACCUCCGGAUCAACGAGCGUCUCUCCGAGGAUCAGCUUUCGCUCUCAAUGACCUCAACAGGCACACAGACAGCUGUGAUUCGCUGAGGGAUGGAGGGUCAGUGGAUGGAUGGAGGAGUGUCACAGGGACUGAAAGUGAGAGUGAAGGGGGAGGAGAUGUAGGCAUGGGAGGAAUUGGUGGAGGUGGUGCAUAUACAAACCACCCACAUAUUGUACACACUGUACAUCCCUUACAUCCAAAUAACCCCAACAAUUUCCAGCACCCCAAUUUUAAUACCAUCAGCCCCAAUAACCCCAACUAUAACAAUGCCCACCUUAUUUUCAACCCCAAUUCUACCGGCGCCAAUAUGCCAUUCACUCCCACUGCCCCCUUUGCCCCUCCUUUCCACCCCCACCCUCAGGCCAUCACUACCAUCAGGGUCACCCCAGUUGAAGGGACAGCCGCCAGCAGUGACGGUGGCUCAGACUGCCAGUCGGUUGCCUCAUCUAGCCGGGAAUCCACCCUGAGGAGGACGAGUGGCUCCAACAUUGUCCAGGUGCCAGAUCGCGGGCCCACCCCUGACCUCCACAACAACCACCGCCUCUGUGAUGACAGCGACCGCCUUGACCAUGAGAGCAGCCACCGUUUCCACGAAAAUCUCAGAAGUUUUCAAGAAAACCCCAUGUACCCCAAUCACCCAAACUACGCCAACAGGCAGUUGCAGGGGAUGUUUGGUCGUCCCAGCCCUACCCCUCCCCCCACCUUACCCCGCCCCAUCCUUAGCCACACUCCGCCUCCUACACUGGGUUUGGCUUAUAAAGAAUGA